AGAUCGAGUCGGUCGUCUGACCUUUAACCAACUUCGUGAACUGUGAAGCAAUCUUUUAGAAAACAAAAAAAAACACACACACACAAGUGGAUCAAGAGGAUGUUGCUGAAAAAUUUCUUUGUAAGCAUACUCACCACAGUGGUGCUUCUAGCGGGAACCGGUGCUUCAAAGAUAUACAAGAAAGGGGACCCAAUUUCAGUUGGCGUUAAACCCCUGACUCCAGGUGGUGGUUCCUUCGACGAGGCAUUAUACCUCAACACUGUUGAUUUCUACUACCCGACUCUGGGAUCAUGUCCACCAGUUGAGCAACCGGGUCGUUUGAGCAACGAAUCACAUGUCCUACAAGAGGAUGCACUCUUUCAAAACAACUUGAUGGAAGCUCCAAUCAAAGCGACAUUUAUGGAGAACAGUAGAUGUCAACAUGAAUGCGACAAGGUGUACAGCUUGGAAAACAUUUCUCUUAUUCACGAUCUCAUAGAACAGGACUACAGAUUGAACUUCUUCCUGGAUGACAUCCCUGUCGGUAAAGAUGCCUACGAUGUUGAGACAAACAAGUUCUUUGUCAAGCCGGGAAUCCCUCUGGGUUACUUGGACUUCUACAACGUGCCACAUUUGUUCAACCACUUCCAGUUCAUCGUGUAUUACAAGAACUUCAAGACUGGUUAUGAAAUUCUCCACGUAACGGUCACUGAGCAAUCUUUGAACAGACCACCAAAGAAUGAGAUCCGUUGCCAUUUGGAACAACCUGUAUACUUUAGCAGACAUGAACAAAUGUUCAGUGGUACAAAGUACAGUUAUGAAUUCUUCUGGAAAGAGACCAACAAGUACAUUGGCAACAAAUGGGAUAUCUACAGAAACGAUAUCGUUCGUCCGCUGAUCUUAAACGUUACGCUGAUGUUGUUUUUGUCCUUGGUGAUAAUCAUCGGGGGUUUCUCAUAUAAAACGUACCGGAAGGCCACUACCUAUGAAAGAGCAAGAGCAAUUCGGAACAAAAAGACAGCAAACACGCAGAUAGAAGAAGACAUUGUCAAUAGUGAUGAUCUUGGCUUAUCAUGGCCAUCUCUUGCACUUCAGGUGCAGAGACGCCCAGGGAACUUUGCGCUGUUGAGUUUGUUUGUAUCAGUAGGCACGCAAAUCACUACAUGUGCUAUCUCCCUAUCUGUCUUUUACUUACUAGGUGGAAUCCAGGUCCAUAGAUUGGACGGGUACUUUACAAAGGUUUCAGUGGUCCUGUUCUUUAUCACCACUCCUUUGGGAUCUGCACUGAACUCUUAUCUUAACAAGCUCUAUUUCGAGAGCGGUAACCAGUUGACGAUUGCAGCUGCUUUGGACUCCUUUGCCGUCCCAUUGCUGUUGACUCCAAUGAUCUACUGGUAUAACUGGACCAAUGAAACUGUUGGGUCUCCAUACAGAGUGACAUGGUCGUUGUUUUUUAAAUCGUGUGAGGCUUAUGCUGCUAUUUCGGUGUGUUCCUUCCUUGCCAGUUACAAGUACUUUACUGUCCCUACACGUAAAGUAAGUGAGAUUGAACGUCAAGUCCCACACCUACCAAUCACUUUCCGUACUAUUCCAAACGUUCUGAUAUUUGGCAUUGCACCAUUUUCCAUCAUGGUUGUGCCACUGUCAAGGUUCUACUUGACGUUGUGGUACCAUCACACUUAUUCCGAUACUACGGUGAGCUGGUUUCUGUUUAUUCUCAUCGCAAUGAUUGUUGUCACUGCAAAUUUGAACAUUUACUAUUCGUUGUGUGUUGGUAACUGGCGUUGGGGAUGGCUCAGUUUCCUAAGCGGCUCAAGCAUUGGUCUCUUUUGCUUCGCCUACUCUUUCCACCUCACAAAGUACAACUUUGGUAACAACGCUUCUUUGCAUCUUUUCCUCAUACAAGAUUUGACAAUAUCCACCAUGUUUGCGCUUAUCGGAGGAUCGUUAAGUUUCCUAACUGGCUAUUGGUUAACCCUUAAUCUUUACAAAGGAUUAAAUUGAUACCCUCAUAUUGUCUCACCAUACACGACACAACACUUCUAUGUGUUCAAAGUUUAUACAGAUGUGUUCUGGUCAUGACAAAACAGAUGGGUUUGGAAUUUGUUAUAUACAAUCUUCUAUA